UUCUUAUUUUACCCUUCUUUCAUUUUUUGGAGAGGAGAAUGGGAUUAACUGAGUGAGCUUUAAAGGUUCGCUUCCCUGGAAGAGUUAUGAACUUUUUACCCUUCGCUUUCAUUUGGACUUUACGAGUCUGUGGAGGAAAUCAGUUUGAGCUAAUUCGCUUCAACUCACCUGGCGGCGACUAAGGAAACAUCUUCCCAAGGGCAGACCUUGAGAGGAUUAGAGAAUGAAGGAUCAAACAUCCAGAACCAUGACCCUUCUUGCACCACACCUGGGACUUUUGCUCCUGCUGCUCCGUUCCCUCCACGGCUCGGAGCAGACCUGCCCACAUAUGUGCCUCUGUUUAUCCGACACAAUAAGCUGCAGCUCCAGGGGUCUGGCUAAGCCGCCACACUCCCUGCCUUCCCUCCUUAUCAGCCUUGACCUCAACCAAAACAAUCUCUCCUUGUUGGGUCCCAGCAGCUUUAACGAGAUGCCUAGGCUGGAAAACCUCUGGAUAGCCCAUAAUCUGAUCCGCACUUUGGAACACGGCACAUUCCGCACCGUCUCUGGGCUCAGGCUACUCGACCUCUCCUCCAACCGRCUCUGCGUGGUGCAGCAGCACACCUUCCAGGGGCUGCGGCAGCUACAGGAGCUCCGUCUCUUCAACAAUCAGAUCGCGCAGGUGGAGGCUGGCGCGCUCAGCGGCCUGAGCAGCCUGGAGAGGGUCUACUUCAGCCUCAACCGGCUCACGCACUUCCCAUUCUUCGCCAUCCAAGAUGGCAGCCACCCGCUCUUGGCCCUGCUCGACCUCUCGUCCAACCGCCUGGCGCAUCUCCGGCGGGAGGACGUGGAAGCCUUGCCGCCCGGCCUGGUGCAGCGGGGGCUGUUUCUCCACAACAACUCUCUGUUCUGCGACUGCUCCGUGUACGGCCUGUUCUGGCGCUGGAACCGGAGGAAUUACAGCUCGGUGAGGGACUUUCUAGACGAGUACACCUGCAACGUCGACGGGGAUCCGAGAGUGUCCGUCCGUUUCCUCCGUCACAACCAUUCCUUCCUUAGCUGCUCCGUAGACGAGGCGGUCAUGCAGCCUGCGAUGGCGCUCCGCUUUGCCAUGGUUGUUUUCGAAGGAGACAGAGUGCUUCUAGACUGCCAAACAUCUCUGGGCGGCACAAACCUCUCAUUUACGUGGCUCUCCCCGAACAAGGGACUCAUCACUCAGACCGGCAUAAACGACACACUCAUUAGCGUCUUCACUAAUGGCACCUUAGAGGUGCGAGCAGCCACAGUCAGUGACUCAGGUCUGUACCUGUGUACUGCUGUGGAUGCUGGGAAAGCGCUGAAUGCAACCYGGGCGGUGAACGUGACCGUGCGGUCGCAUGCAGCACAGCCUUUCCACACGGGUUACACAACACUGCUGGCCUGCGUCGUGACGUUACUGCUCGUCCUCGUGUACCUCUUCCUGACUCCGUGUCGCUGCAGCUUCAGCAGCUGGCCCACAGCAGCCUGCACUCAUGGCAUCAUCUCRUCUGUUUUCUUACCCUCUGGAAGGGAUCAACUGAAAACUGAAGCAUUUUAACAGAUAGGGUGUUCAUAGAGUCUGGGAUUAUGAAUGGAUACCUGAAAGCUGAUGACGAACAAAUUUGUUUUUUUUUUCUUUUUAAAGCACCUUUUGUAUGAACAAAAACAGCUUUCUAAAAAAGUGGUGAGAUGUUAUCAAGUGUUAAUGCUGCAAAGAAAAAAAUAUAAAAGGAGGCUCCUGCUUCUUUUUGAACUACCUGCCACAGCUAAAAGACACUCAGAACAAAAAAAAAGAAAAAGCAAUCUUUUGUUCCAAUUCUUUUCUUUUCUGACUCAUGACCAGGUAGUCGAUUUAAAACCUUCAACUGUGCUUUAUUCCCCUCACUGUAGARCUAUUAUCAGUCCGAGAAAUCAGCUAAUAACUUCUUUUUUGUAACCCAGUCACAGGCCUAGGAGGUACGUUUCUUGAGGGAUUAGAAUGAAUGGGGUUCACUUCACACAUAAUGUGGAUUAAAGCGAAAACGCGAAUGACUCCGGUUGAAGUGAAGCUCGGGGAGGAAAAUUUAUAACCGCUGUAGAACCGAUGUGACAGAGAUGCAUCAGCUGCAGUUAAAGUGUGCAGGCAGCAUCUGUUGUGACACUCCAUCCUGAAAAACCGCCUCAUUUGGCUGAUAAAGGAUUCAGUUUUACAAUAACAUCUACUUUUGUAAAUCGGGGCGUCUGUUUUAUUAUUAUUAUUAUUAUCCAAAUGUUUCAGUAUGGAUGCUAUAGCUUUCAGCGAGUAUUAAAAAUAAAAUCUUAUCUAUCAGAA